AUGAAGACAUGUGCCAUAUUUCUGGCAGCUCUGCUGCUCCCCAGCAUCCAAGCAGUGUGUCCAGAUAAAGAGCCAGGACUACAGCCAUGGAUGCCAGGACACAGUGUAGACCACCGGGUGACAAUUGGCUACGGCAGGAAGGUCCUCCUCACUACUUCAGCUACGGUCCACUCCAUUGAGAUUCUCAACGGUGGAAAGUUGGUGAUUGCUGACACCAACCGGCCCAUAUUGCUUCGAACAAAACACAUUUUGAUUGGGAGCAAGGGGGAGCUACACAUUGGGAGCCCAGACUGUCCUUAUAGAGGCAAUCUCACCAUCUCCCUAUUUGGAAGAUUGGAUGACAGUGAUCAGGAACACAGCUACUUUGGGAGGAAGUACCUUGGAGUGGGCACAGGGGGGACAUUAGAGAUCCAUGGAAAAAACAAACUGUCAUGGACGUUCCUCAACAAAACCCUUCACCCCGGAGAGAGCAACCAAAACAACUACCUGUUUCAGAGAAGCUGGGGCAACCGAGGCAUCAUUAUCCAUGUCAUCGAUCCCAAGACCGGAGACGUGCUACACGACGACAGGUUUGACACAUACCGCAGUAAGGAUGAGAGUCGUCGCCUUGCGAAGUAUGUGGACGGUGUGGGAGUGGGUCUCAUACUGGCCGUGGUGGUCAAUGACGAGGGUUCCAACAACUUGGAGGAAUCUGCCAAGAAGAGCCUCUCCAAACUUGGCAGUCAGCAAAUCAGCAGUCUGGGAUUUCGACAUCCCUGGACUUUUAUAGUGACUAAAGGUGACACUUCUUCAGUAGUGGAGGAUCACGCUGUCUAUCAAGGGACCAAGGCCUCCUCAGAGGCCCGGAGCUCACGUGUCUUUCGAUCCACUUAUGGGGAACAUUUCACCAUCACCACCUGCAGCCAGUGGGUACAAGAGGCAGAGUGGACGGAAUGGUUUGACAGGGAUGAUGAGAGGGGAUCUGGAGACUGGGAGAAACUGUCUGACCUGCACGAGGCCUAUCCAGACCGAUUGUGUGGCAGUCCGAUGGAUAUACAGGCUGAAACCCAUGAUGGUAUACCAUCCAACCAGACAGGAGAUGUGAUCCACAAGAAUGACAAGGACUACGGCUUUGUCUGCCUCAACAAGGACCAGGCUCAUGGCCUCUGUCGCAACUACAGGGUCCGCUUCCUCUGUGGGAAACUGGUUCGUCCACAAGCCUCCAUAUCCAUCGACAUGUUGUCUAACAGCAGCAUCCUGGAGCUGGCUGAACAACCAGAGGGCUGGGGCUUAGGGGAUCGAGUGGUGGUGGCCAGUACUGACUACUCCAUGCACCAGUCUGAAGAGUUCACCCUGUUGCCCUGCCCAACUUGCACAUCCAACCAGGUCAAGGUCCAAGGUAAGGCUCAGUUCAUCCACAUGGGUGAGGAGGUGGACGGUGUGGAUGUGAGGGCAGAAGUUGGCCUGCUGAGUCGUAACAUCCUGGUUCGUGGGGAGAUGGAGCCUGGCUGCUACGGCAAUGAGGCUUGCAAAUUCUUCGACUUCGACACUUUUGGUGGUCAUUUGAAGGUGGAGCGAGGCUUCAGGGCAGUUCAUAUAUCUGGGCUGGAGCUGCAGCACAUGGGCCAGCAGACAAUGGGACACUACCCCGUUCAUUUCCAUAUGAAUGGAGACGUGGAUGAGAAGGGAGGCUACAACCCCCCCACAUCUGUCAGAGAUCUGUCCAUCCACCACUCCUUCUCUCGCUGCGUAACCAUCCAUGGUUCCAAUGGGCUACUGGUAAAGGAUGUGGUGGGCUAUGACACACUAGGCCACUGUUUUUUCAUGGAGGAUGGUCCAGAGGAGAGGAACACGUUUGACCACUGUCUGGGUCUGAUGGUUCGAGCAGGGACGCUGCUGCCUUCAGACAGAGACAGCAAAAUGUGCCGUGACAUCACUGACGGAGCGUACCCAGGAUAUGUGGCCAACCCUCGCCAAGACUGCAGCGCGACUUCAACUUUCUGGAUCACCAACCCCAAUAACAACCUCAUCAACUGUGCUGCUGCAGGCUCAGAGGAGACAGGCUUCUGGUUCAUCUUCCACCAUGUGCCCACCGGCCCCUCAGAAGGGCUGUACUCCCCUGGACACACAGAACACACUCCUAUGGGCCAGUUCAUCAACAACAGAGCACAUUCCAACCACAGGGCUGGAAUGAUCCUCGAUAAUGGAGUAAAGACCACCCAGGCUAAUGACAAGGACAAGAGACCCUUCCUCUCUCUGAUUGGAGCCAGGUACAGCCCUCACCAGGGUGCUGACCCCUUCAAACCCAGAGUCCCUGCUCUCAUCCACCACUUUGUGGCCUAUAAGAACCAGGACCACGGAGCCUGGCUGAGGGGAGGAGAUGUGUGGCUGGAUGACUGCCAAUUUGCUGAUAAUGGUAUAGGCCUCACUCUGGCAAGCGGAGGGACUUUUCCAGAUGAUGACGGCUCUCGUCAGCAGGUGAAGAACUCACUUUUUGUGGGUGAAAGUGACAACCGUGGGAUGCACCUCCUUGACAACCAGAUCUGGGGCCCUGGGGGCUCUGAUCCCACUGGCAGGACCUUGCCACGGGGCGUUGAUUUUCCAAUCCGCGGCAUGCAGAUUUAUGACGGACCCAUCAAUGUGCAGAACUGUACAUUUCGGAAAUACACAGCUCUGUCCGGACGGCACACCAGUGCCUUUGGCUUCAGGCUCAACAAUUCGUGGCAGAGCUGCCCCAACAAUAACGUCACUGACAUCACCUUUGACCACGUACCCAUCACAUCUCGGGUGUUUUUUGGGGAACCGGGUCCCUGGUUUAAUAAGAUGCAGAUGGAUGGGGACAAAACAACAGUGUUCCAUGAUAUUGAUGGCUCUGUCAGCGAGUAUCCCGGAGCCUUCCUGGUUAAAGAGGACAAUUGGCUGCUCCGUCACCCUGACUGCAUCGACGUGCCUGACUGGAAGGCUGCGAUCUGCAGCGGUCAUUAUGCGCAGAUCUAUGUGCAGACACGUAACCCUGCCAACCUAAACAUGUACAUGGUGAGGGAUGAGUAUCCUGAUCGGCCCCUGAUGCUAGAGGGCGCCUUGGGGAAGAGAAAACACUACCAGCAGUUCCAGCCUGUGAUCACACUGGCCAAAGGCUACACUAUACACUGGGACCAGGCGGCGCCUGCUGAGGUCACCAUCUGGCUCAUCAACUUCAACAAAAAUGAUUGGAUCAAUGUUGGCCUCUGCUACCCACGAAGCACCAACUUCACCAUCAUCUCCGAUAUCCACAACCGCCUGACCAAACAGACCCGCAAGACUGGCGUCUUUGUGAGGACGACGCAGAGAGAGAAGAUCAACCAUUCCCACCUGAUCAGAGGAUACUACUACUGGGAGGAAGACACAGGCCUGCUGUUCCUGAAGGUAAAGGCCCAUAACGACAGGGAGCAGUUUGCCUUCUGCUCCAUCAAGGGUUGUGAGAGGGUGAAGAUCACAGCCAUCAUCCCUAAAGGCAGUCCGCCCAGCAACUGCAUGGCCCAGGCCUACCCCAGACACGCUGAGAUGCCCGUUGUGGAUGUACCUAUGCCCAGAAAGAUACCUAACGCCAGGCUGCACUCACCAGAGCACUUCUUAGAGGUCAAACUGGAGUCUUACAACACUCGCUUCUUCCACAUCAAGGAAGACUUUGCCUUUACUGAGGUGAAUGGUAGGAAGUUGUACCAAGCAGAGGAUGGGGUGCAGGUGACAGUAAUUGAUGGGCAUGAUGGGAAGGUAGUGGAGAGCAAAGGCUUCAGGAACUCAAUCCUGCAGGGCAUCCCGGCACAAAUAGACAACUACAUCAAUGGCUUGAGAGAUGGCUCCAUCGUUCUCAUGACGUCUAAGGGCCGUCUGAUUAUCAGAGGAUCCUGGACUAAAGUUCUGGAGAGACUUGGAGCAGACAAAAGCAUCAAAUUGAAAGAUAAGUUGGCAUUUGUGGGGUUCAAGGGCUCCUUCCACCCUGACUGGGUCAAUCUGGAGGUGAACGCUGACCGUGCAAAGAUCCAUCAGGUCCUGCCUGUCCCUGUGGUGCACAAGAUGAAACUAUGAGGGGCCUGACAAGAGAGCCGAGAGACUAUGUAGGCCCCAAAUACUGAUACACAUAUCCCC